UGGGAGGAGUAACUGAGCGAACAGCGCUAUUUCUUAGCAUGUUAGCUCUCAGUCGGGCGUUGUGUAACGUUCAAGCUGUCGGCAGCGCAAACAUUUCUACAGUCCGUAGGAGGCAUGUAACAGGCGCGACUUUGAGAAUGAUCGACUGUAUCUUAGGUGAACUUUGAACGCGCGGAUGUCAAAGCUGGAAUAUAUCAGACGUAGUCACUAGCUUUCUUAUAAUAUAAAUAGCGUAACUCGUCUUUGAAAGAAAAAAAAAAAAAAAAACUAAACAGUGCCUCCUCUCUCUGCUUGAGGAACUUAGCUGCUAUUACAUUGUUUUGCUAAAGGGAAGGUUGUCACUUCUGCUCGCCUCCGUAGACAAAACGCAAAGCAUUCCGAGCUGUUGCUUAUGAGUUCACUUAUCAACAGACAUGUCCACGCUGUCUCUGGAUAAGGAGCUGCAGGAGCGCUUGCGGGAAGCCGCGGCGCUCGGAGACCUCGACGAGGUGCGGACUUUGGUGGACAGCGGAGUGAACGUCAAUUCGCAGAAUGAGAUCAACGGCUGGACUUGUCUGCACUGGGCAUGCAAGAGAAACCACAAAGCAGUGGUGGCCUUCCUGCUGAACUCUGGAGCAGACAAAGGCAUUCUCACAUCCAAAGGAGAGUUAGCUGUUCAGCUUACAUCAAAGCCUGACAUCAGAAGACUUCUGGGAGUGGAGGAAGAUGUUCCUGAAGUGAAAGAACCAGAAUUGCCAAUCAUCCCAAAUUAUCUGUCAAACCCACAGUUCCCAUAUGGUAAAACGGAUACAGAUGACCUCAUCCUAGCAUCCCACCUAUUCCAAAAUGGCACAGCCAAUCAGGAGCCUUACUGUGAGCCUGCUGCCUCGUCUCCUUCGCAACCAGGCCCUUCCCCAGCCGCCUUACUGGCUUGUGAACAAGAGCACAACUUGUUUGCCAGUACGGAGGUUCCAAAAGAGGGCGCCCGUGUUCCGGCUGUUGAGCAAAAUGGCCUGAUGCUGGACCCUCAGGGAGCUGUCAACGGAACACUCUCAGAGGUGCUCCUCUCCAGGAAUGGCGAGUGUGCCCAUGGGGUGUCUCCAAAGGAACCCGUGUGCAGUGUGCCCGCCAGCUCACAGUCUGCCCACCCCUCAGUCAGCAGACAGCAGUCCAUUCCUCAGCAACUUAACUGCCCUCAGCCUGGGGUCUCAGUGCCUGCAUUCCAACCCUUCUUUUUCACCAGUACCUUUCCAGUUAACGUGCAAGAGCUUGUUUUGAAAGUGCGGAUUCAGAACCUUAAUGCAAGAGAGAAUGACUUCAUUGAGGUGGAGUUGGACCGACAGGAGCUGACAUACCGCUCUCUUCUGCGGGUUUGCUGCCGCGAACUGGGCAUCAGUGCUGAUCACGUAGAGAAGAUCCGCAAACUGCCCAACACCAUGCUUCGGAAGGAUAAAGACGUGGCCAGGCUUCAGGACUUCCAGGAGCUGGAGGUUGUGCUGGAGAGGAUGGAGGGCCUGUCUCUGCUCUCAGGGGUGGGACACGGCAGCUUGACCGACAGGCCGUGCUACAACAUGAAAGCCUCUAAGUUGACGUAUUAAUCGGAAUUGAGGGUGAUUCUAGAGCACGCUGACUGGCUGUGCAUAUGGGUUCAUGGUUUAUUUUGGCUGAAACUAUAUAUUUUUAUUUCCUUUGCUCAAUUUUUACUUUGCAUACAUCCCCUAAAUUCUAAGCCUGAGAGGUGUGAUUUAAAAAAAAAAAAUUGGAAUUCAUUUAGUACCAGCUUGAAUGAACAAUUUGGUGUUGCUGAUGUAUGGCUAGAUGUAAUACAGUAAAUAAAUCACAGGAGAAAAAGAUGCAUAGAGGCUUAAACUUUUGUAGUUAUUUUCCACUCAUUUUAUUGAAAAAUAUCUUUUCUGCAUCUAACUCACUGGGCAGAUAACCUUACAGAGAAAUUUGUAGCUGCUUAUGUUACGAGUACUUGUGGUACUAUGUAAACUGGAUGGAUUUGUUUCAUGGGAAAAUUUUUAAGCUCAGUAUAAGAGGGUAUUGUUUAGUUUUAUCGGUACUUAUUUUGUUACGGAUGGCUGUUGCAUAUUUUUUAAAAUUCAGUAAUUUUUUUGUAAUUUAAGAACAGAAAUUCACAGUCAAGUUUAUUUAGGUGCUGCUAUAAAGAUCUCUGUAGUUAGUUAAUAAGCCUAUCACAUUGAUAACUGAUACCGUUCAGUAUUACCAGGAUUACACACUUAAACUGGCCACUUUCAAGUGUAUGUUUUUCCCAAGGCGUUCUGUACAGGUGGUCCAUGGUUUACGUUGGGGUCAUGUUUCCCGAAACCCAUCAAAAGUCAAAAAUAUUCUAAGUUUAAAAUUCAUUUAAUAGAGUAUGGCUCCACGUAUCGCUUCCCCUGUAAAAAUCAAAAUUCAAAAUUCAAACUACGGUUUCUAAUGAAUGUCUCUUGCCAAAUCGGGGACCACCUGUAUUCUCUUGUUGUUCAUGUUUUUAAAACACUAAAAAUUUUAAUACAUAUGUAAGAACUUUUUCCUUGGUAAAUGUCUCGCUUCUGUGUUGUGUAGGCAUCUAGUCCCAUUCCACCCCAAAGAUUUAUUCAUGGUUGUAUUCCAUACAGCUUACAUAAACUUCCAAAUACUCCAGUGGUGGUGGUGGUGGUGGUGGUGGUGGUGGUGAUUAACAGUAUUCAGAUUCUUUAUAGUUAAAGUUUGUGCCUAGUUUGACAUUUGAUUUCAGGUUUCUCUUCUGCUUUACUACCUGUAGAGACCUUAAGAGGUGUUUAGGGCUAGGAGGAAUAUGACAAGAGCAAUGUUCUCCCAUGCCUUGUAUUCCCAAAAUCAAUCAAUUCUGUUAACACCUUGAUUUAUAUAAGAAGCUACUCAGCAAGAAAUACUAUAAGUGAAUGAUGUAGCAGCAAAGCCAUUGUGAAAGUUGGACAACUAAAAAGUAAGACUUUCUUUUUUUAUAUGUAUGUUCAUUCUUUUCUUUGCAGUUUACCUUUCUAAUUUAUACUCAACCUUAUAGUUUUUAAUAAAUUGGGGGUAAAGCACAAGUGAUUUUCAAACUAACUACAGUGGUUUCACCUCUGUUACAUAUAUACUGUAGGGUUGUGUUUUGGUUCUCAGUUUUAAUACAGUGUAUCUGUUUCCUAUUUAUAUUUUUAAAGGCUUGGGGAGUUUUCUAUAGAAUUUAUUUAUAUGAUACCUGUGACCUUUAGGAUAAAAUGCCUUUGUUUGAGCAUACAUAUGGAGUACCAUAACCAUACACUACCCAGGAAAGUAGAGGAAUGAAAAUUUGUUUUGAAGAACAGACUAGAUGGUCAUAUAGUUAUAUCAUUGACUGUAGCCAUUCAUUAUCUCCUCCCUGUUAAUACUUGUAGACAUCAUGUGAGCAGUGGUGUUAAAUGCGCGUUUUCAAUACUGAAAUGAAACAAGCAUGUGUUGAAGUUUGCACAGAUGGCAAGAUUGAGUUGCACUGUCUGGCUUUAAUAUCCAUAGUUUUGUUUUUGAUUUGUCUUCCAUCUCCUUUGAUACCCCUGAGAUGAAUAAAGCAAGGAAAAAUGGGAA